GGGCCGAAUGUUGAACAGACUAGCUCUCGGUUGUUCUUUCACGUGGAUCCCUUUCAGGAGUUUUUUGUUUGUUUUUCACAUAUCCCAGGCUGCUCUCGAACUUGCUAUGUUGCCGAAAAUUCCUGAUUUUCCAGUCUCUACUUCCCAAAUGCUGGGGUGACAGGUGUAAUUCAGGGCUUUGUUUUUGAGACAGGGUCUCAGGAAGCCCAGGCUGGCUUCGAACUUACUAAAUAGCCAAGAAGGACGUUUAACUGAUUCUCUGGCUUCCAGCUUUCAAGUGCUUUCAAGUUGACAGGCAUGCGCUAUCAAUAAGGCCUGGCUCACAGCAGAAGUCUUGGCCAGUGGCAGACAGAUCCUGUUCUUUCUCAUUCCUCCGUCCAUAUUACAUUUCCGAUCAAAAUGCCAUAGAGAGUGCAGUCCCCAUGGAGUCUUUUGACUUUUCCGGCCUCCGUCGUGCCAGCGGAGCCCCGCCCACCCACCACGGACAUCCGCUGCCAUGGUGACCCUGCUGCUUCGCUCCCUGCGCCCCCGUCGCAAUCUCCCGCGCAGUCUGCGGCAAGCUGUAGAUGUGCCCCUCAGGGCCAGGAGCCAUGGCACCCGCCUGCUAUACCCGGACCACAUCCCCACCACCUCGCUGCAAAAGGUGCUGUUGGCCGCAGGCUCGGCGGGAAUGGCGCUCUACAACCCCUAUCGCCACGACAUGGUUGCAGUUCUAGGGGAGACCACAGGAUACUGCACACUGAAAUUCCUCAGGGACCAGAUGAAGAAGGAUCCAGAGGGUGCCCAGAUCCUACAAGAGCGUCCCCGGAUCUCACUGUCCACCCUUGACCUAAGCAAGCUCCAGAGCCUGCCUGAAGGCUCUCUGGGCCGUGAGUAUCUGCGCUUCCUGGAUGUGAAUAGGGUCUCCCCGGAUACACGAGCACCUACCCGUUUUGUGGACGAUGAGGAACUAGCCUAUGUGAUCCAGAGAUACCGAGAGGUGCACGACAUGCUUCACACCCUGCUGGGGAUGCCCACCAAUAUGCUGGGAGAGAUUGUGGUAAAGUGGUUUGAGGCUGUGCAGACCGGCCUGCCCAUGUGCAUCCUGGGAGCACUUUUCGGACCCAUCCGCCUCCGUGCUCAGAACCUGCAAGUGUUGUUCUCUGAGCUGAUCCCUUGGGCAAUUCAGAAUGGGCGCAGGGCCCCGUGUGUCCUCAAUCUCUACUACGAGCGGCGUUGGGAGCAGUCCCUGACAGCACUUCGGGAGGAGCUGGGCAUCAGCCCUCCCCCGAAACAUAUCCACGGCCUGGCCUAGGCCGAGCUGCUGCAAGGGAGGACCUGGUUUGCCUCUCACACACACUGCCUUUGUUUCUUCUCUUUGAACUUUGAACUCAGAGGGUCACUGAUCAUGUUUAUGGUCACUCCUGUCAUGUGCCUUGAGGGCCAGCCCAGGAGAGAGCAGGCAGGGCAGUGAGGGGCUGUGAGCUAUCCAGAGAGAGCAAUGUGUGUGCCUGGAACAGUCAGUCAUCUUGGAUCAUUCUGGAUCAUUCGGGUCUGAAGCCCUUCUUCUGGACAGUUACCCUUACAGGGCAUUCUGUCAAGCUGUGUCUUCGAAGCCUUGACUACUCACUACAUCCUGUUCCUGUUCCAAAGCCCCGAAAUGAAUGGUGGGAAAUGAGUGGCAUCUCUGCUGUCUGAAUAAAGGCUCCCAUCAGGCCUAGAGUCUGCUGGUC